CGCCGCCUCGAGAAGAGAGAGACCACAGUUACUGCAUACUAUCAGUUGAACUACGCUUUACAAUGGCUUCUACGUUAGUUAUGGGACUGGGCGUUGCUACGGCCGCCUUUUUGGGUCGGGCUGGUCUUGUCGCCUACCGUCGCUCUAAGGGAGGUAUUGGUGCUGCAGGCAAGGCAUUCUACAAGGGUGGAUUUGAUCCUCGGAUGACCCGUCGCGAAGCCUCUUUGAUUCUCGAACUUCCAGAGCGCACCCUCAACAAGGACAAGGUCCGCAAGAAGCACCGCCAGCUCAUGCUCCUCAACCACCCGGAUCGCGGCGGCAGCCCCUACCUGGCUACGAAGAUCAACGAAGCGAAGGAAUUCCUCGACAAACACACUUAGCCGACCCGUAUCAUGCGACCGAAGUUCGGACACGAGCACCACGGAGUCCCGCCCCGUCAAGUGAGGGGAAACGUUGAAUGCAACGAUCAACCAACAAGACGGCACAAAUAGGAAAUCAGGGACUGAUACCUGGGUAUCGACGAUUGUAACAAGAGAUAUUUCUUGUUUGGGUGCAUAGCGAGGCGUUGGUUGGAUUUUUAAAGAUGGGAUAUAACCCGGAUGUACUCCUGUAUGGGAGUGUUUGUAUUUUACCAUUAUAUUAUGUGUCUAUAUCCUGACGAGAUCGCCACUCUUGAUUUAUGAGAAACAAUGGAUUAUUCUGUAUUUUUAGUACCAUUGCUUUCCUGAGUUCGUUGCCAGUCGUACUCGCACUCGUAUUCGCAUUC